AAUUCGGUCUGUUUUGGUGUGUGAAAUUACGUAAAAUUCAUUCACAAUGUCUUUUCUUAAAUCACAAUACUACGAUUACCCGGAAGGACAAGAUGCAUUUGGUAAAAUUGUGGCAACCAACAAAAUCGCCAUCGGCACCGGUCUCGCUUGGUCCACUUGCGAUGUGUUGAUGUUGUCCAAGCCACAGGGUUAUUUGCCAACAUUAGCGCGAUUCGCUUACAAUACAGGCCCGAUGAUGGGUAUGGCUACUGCAUUCACUUUGGCAACAUUAGUGUCCACAAAUGCGCGUGGCAAAGAUGACAAAUUAAACUAUGUCAUUGGCGGCUUUGCGGCGGGUGCAGUGUACGGUGCCUGGAGGCGUAAUCAUGUUGCCGGUCUUGUAGCUGGCUUAUUCUUUGGUAUCGCUGGUGCCGUGAAGAAACUGUCAAAAGAAGAAGGUUGGGAAUUCUUUCCACCAAUUGUACAUCAACAAGGCUCUUUAAAUGGUGUUGUGCAUGAUUUUACAUUAAUGAAGGAUCCUGCAGCCAAAAAGUGAAUUCAAUAUAUAAGAAAGUAGAAUGCGAUGUAACAUAAGAAAUACAUUUUACAUAUUAAAUGUUAGCAAAUACCGAAAUUAGCACUGUUGAAUGAAUAAAUCAAGAAACAAACACUAAAUUAUUAUCUGCUGAGCAUGCGCACC